AUGGGCGAAUACAUCAAGCAGCACUGUCAGAAGAGCAAGAAGGCUCAGAAGCUGAGGACAGACCGUGAGAGAAAGAACUACCUGACGAAGACGCUUGGAUUGACCUUGCAAAAGGAUCCCAAGCGUGGCAUGCUGUGUGUGCCGAUGGAACAAGAUACCUUGAUGAUGUCAGGCAUGCGGAUGAGCACCUCACGAGUGAAGGAGGAAGGUUUUUCCUCCAAAGAGGAAUCCAAAGAGCAGUUCCGCAAAGCUUCGGAGGCAAUCCAGGGAAGCACCAACUCCAAGGAGGAGAUGGAGCGUGCUGAAAAGGAAGCCGAUGAUGCAGACAAAAGUGAUUCGGAGAGCUCAAGCGAUUCUUCGGAUUCAUCUUCAAAGUCAAGCUUUGGGCAUGCAAGUGAGAAAGGGAGCCCAGACCGAAAGAAGCCAGCUCCGCCAAAGAGGAAGAGUACGGGAGCUUCUUCGACAGCCAAAGCAAAGGCAAAAACAAAAACUCCUCCUGGAAGUGCAAAGAAGGCAGGGGCCGAAGUGGAAAAGUUUGAGUCAGCUCACGACGCUGCAAAAAAGUACUUGGCGACCGUCCAAGAGCUUCGUGCUGACACCCUUUGGAAAUCAUGUGUGCGUGCACAUGAAGUGGAUCGAAGGCUGGGCAGAGAAUCCGCUGUGGUGUCACAUCUGGAGAGCACGAUGUCUUCCCAGGAGAUUGAUGCAGCGGCCAUUGCUGAUGCAAAGACCACUGUGUCCAAGAUCAAGGAGCAGAACCAGUUCGUGAUGUCUAUGAAGGAGGUUUGCAGAUGGCUGAGGAGCGCAAAGCCCAGCUGUUUGGUGCUUGAAGUGACUGAGGCAGGUGGCACUUUGAGCAAACUGCUGGCAGCCAAUGACUUUGUGGUUGGCAAGCGCAUGGCUGAAGAUUCCGCAACCCUGCGUGAGAUCUUGCUCUUUGUGGCCAAGAAGCUGGUGGAUGUGCCUUGGCAUGCUUAA